GCGUCGCCUUUGUGUUUACAAUUUUGAGUUGCACACAGGUUUCGAGGCGAAGGUGCGAGUCGUUUUUCUUGGUGUGAAUGAACUCAAAGCCAGCGACUUUUCCACCUACUCGUCGGUGAGUGUCCGAAGAGAACUGCAAAAUGUCGCACAUCCUGGGCAGCGCGGAGGACUUGGCGUCCAAAGACCUGGACAGCCUGGAGGUGGCGUGCACCAAAGAGGCGUUCACCGACUCGGAGGAGGUCUUCCGUCUGAUCGGUGAAGUGUCCGACGCCGACUCCGUCCGAGCCGAACUGGCGCUCACGCAGUUCACGAAGCUGCUGUCCCAGUACCAGCUGCAGCCGCACCUUCUCGACAGCAACCUCGAGGACAUGCUCCAGCGACUCAUCAACAUCGUCAAGGACGGACAGUCUUCGAACGGAGUAAAAAACGAGGCCUUCAAGUACCUGGUCGUCGUGUCCCACGUCCGAGGCUACAAAACCGUCGCCAGGAUGCUUCCUCAUGAGGUUUCUGACCUGGAGCCAGUUCUGAAAAUGCUCAUCGAGCAAGACCCAAGUGAUGUGGACACAUGGGCUACAAGACACAUGCUUCUCCUCUGGCUGUCCAUCAUUGUCAUGAUGCCCUUCCACAUGUCCCGACUGGACAGUUUCACGCCCGAAGAGGCCGACGGACGAAAGACUGCCAUGGAGAGAAUUUUGGACAUUUGCAAGCAGUAUCUGUUGGUACUUGACUCCUGUCAUCGUCCUGCAGCUUUCCUCACUUCUCGAUUCCUGACCCGGUCAGACGUGACCAACCUUCACCUGAGCAGCUUCCUCGACUGGGCAACUAAGUUGGAAGGAAAUCCACCUGCUGGCGUUUUGUCUGCUGUUUGCUGGAUUUUCAAGCAUGGCAAGAGGGAUGACCUUUUGCCCUUUGCAACUCCGAUGCUUCGAUGGGCUCAGGAGUGCACCAAGCGUGACCAGAUUUUCUCCCUCACUCACAAAUUUGCCAUGAAAUUGAUCCAAAGAAUUGGGUUGACCUAUCUGAAGCCUCGAAUUGCCCCUUGGAGGUACCAACGGGGCAGUCGAUCUUUGGCUGACAACCUGAAGACUGUUGAACAAGCCGAAACUACUCAAAACGCAUCUUCGAAUGAGCAGGAAGACGAAGACUUUGACGUUCCUGAUGAAUUGGAGGAGGUGGUUGAAGAGCUGAUUCAGGGCUUGAGGCACUCUGACCUUGUGGUCAGGUGGUCAGCAGCCAAAGGUCUUGGCAGAAUCACGGUUCGUCUGCCCAAAGAACUGGGAGAUGAGGUCGUUGGAUCUGUUCUGGCUGUGAUGAACGCUCGGGAGGUUCCACAUGCCUGGCACGGAGGAUGCCUUGCUCUGGCUGAAUUAGGUCGCCGAGGCUUACUUCUUCCUACUCGACUUCCUGAAGUUGUGCCUAUUGUUCUCAAAGCUCUUGCGUUUGAUGAAAAGCGGGCAAAUUUGCCCGUCGGAGCUGUGAUUAGAGAUUCAGCCUGCUACGUUUGUUGGGCCUUUGCUCGGGCUUUUGACAAAGACGUCCUCUCACCGUACAUCAAUGACAUUGCCAGUGCCUUGGUUGUUGUCACAGUUUUUGACCGAGAGAUCAACUGCAGGAGAGCAGCAUCGGCAGCUUUCCAAGAAAAUGUCGGCCGACAGGGAGCUUUUCCUCAUGGACUAGACAUCAUCACAACGGCCGACUUCUUUGCAGUCGGAAUCAGGAAUAACGCCUACUUGGAAAUUUCGGUCCAGAUUGCUCAGUUCGAAGAAUACACCCUGCCAUUAAUUGACCACCUUCUGCAAAAAAAGGUUGACCACUGGGACAUUUCCAUCAGAGAACUGGCAGCAAAAGCUCUACAUAAACUGGCGCACUUGGCUACAGAACACACUACCAGUGUGGUUUUGCCCGAGUUUAUUCGUUUGGCGCAAUCAAUUGAUCUGCAUAGCCGUCAUGGGUCAAUCACGGCCAUUGGUGAAGUUCUGGCAGGUCUUGCUAAAGGUCUGCAGGAUAAGACUAUAGCUGAUGUUUUAGAUGAAAACGUCUUGACUGAAAUCAGAGACUUGGUGACUUCCAUUGGAAAAAGGGGUCAGUUCCAGGGAAUGGGAGGCGACCUUAUGAGGCAGGCAGUGCUGAGCUUCAUCAAAAACGCCUCUAUUGCUAAAAUGCCUUUCCACGAACACACUCAAGUCCUUGAGGACUGGCAAAAGGUGAUCAUUGACUCAAUGAAACAAGUAGACCCACUGACCAGAGCAAGAUCGGUUGAGGCUCUUCCCGCUUUUUGCGAGCAGUUCUGCAAAGACCCCAGUGGCUCGAUUUUGCCUCGCCAAUUGGCCUUGAUUAAAAUUUUGAUGGAUUCUCUCACUAGUCUGCAGGCAGAGACUACUCGAAUGGGAUUCUGCAGAGCUUUAGGGUCUCUUCCCAGAUUUAUGUUCGAGGGUGUGAGUGCCUCGGUGAUUUUGGCGUUGGCAAAGUGCUCUGAGAUUACGGUUGAGACUGCAAAGUGGGCUGAGAGCAGGCGUGAUGCUCUCUCGGCUCUCUCAGCAGUUUGUGCUUCAGUCGGAACAACUCCUUUGGCUCAAGGUGAUGAAACUUGGUGGUACCCCACACAGUCAGGUCUGGUUUACCACCGCUUCAUCGAAGGCCUCAACGACUAUACCAGAGACAGCCGAGGUGAUGUUGGAGCUUGGGUCAGGGAGGCCUCGAUGUCUGGCCUUCAGAGCACGGUCCAGUUGGUAUUGCAAGCCGAGCCUUGUGUUUUGACUGAGGAACUGAUGACCACCGUUGUGGGACAGGUGGCUCGAAAUGCCAUCGAGAGGAUCGACAGGACCAGGAAGCAGGCUGGAAAUGUAUUCAGCAGUCUCAUUCACAGCUCUCCUCCCAACACAAAAAUUCCCUGUCUCGAGUCAAUCCUUCAAAUCUUCUCACUGGAAACCUGCAAGGAAGUCAACUGGAGCGCCGAAGUGCAGACUUUUCCACUUUUUACACAAAUGUUAGCACUUCCUCCAUACACCGGUUACGUGCUGAUUGGACUGGUUGCCAGUGUGGGUGGCGUCACAGAAUCCCUGGUGAAACACUCAAGUUCGUCUUUGUUUGAUUACCUCCGACAACAGCCACAAGAUGAGCUGGCUCGAAUCUGUCAGUGCAUCUUGAAAAUCUUUGGAGAUCACCAGGGCCAGGACAGAGUUGCCAUGCCUCUGCUGCGAUUCCUCGACCGACUCUUUAACUCGGGCGUUCUGUGCGGCCAGGACGGCACCCUGCCUGAGGAAUUUGCCCUGAACCUGGUGAAACUGGUGUCCAAAGAGACUGCCAGGUGUUCAGCGCCACUGAAACUCCUCGAGGCCAUUCCAGUGUUAUGUCAGGUCGCAGGCAUUCGAGCUGAGAAAAAGGCAAGUGACUUGGCGCUGUCGUACUUGGUCACUUUCCUCUGCCAUCGCUUUCCUCGCGUCCGCGCCGUUACCGCAGAGCAAAUGUAUGAGGCGAUUUUGGUUGCCCAAGAGGACGACGGCUUUCCCGACUCCGACCUCGAAUCUGUUCUCAAUUUGCUCAGCGAGACCAACUGGACCGAUGAGCCUAUCGAGACAAUCCGAAAUAUAAGAAAUGACAUUUGCGACACUCUAAAGAUUCCAAAGCCAAAAUUGGUGCAAAAGAGGCCAGCCCAGUAAUUAAUUACUUGCUUUCAUUUAGUUGGCACAAAUUAACCUCUCUUACUGCCGUUUCUUGUUUAUAAAGAAUAGCAGUUAAUUCAUGUUGCCUAGAAAGUAUUUAAAUAAGUCUCUCACAAUUAAUUCCUAAUUUGCACAUUUUUUUUAACUCUGCUCUAAAAACGUUAAUGGUCUCUGAUUUUAAUCAAAAUCUCUCUUUCUUUUGUUGGUUAACAAAACUCACCACCAAUUCAUUGUGAUAAUGAGGCGUAUGAGAAUUAUGCUAUUUAUGAAAUUAUGAAUUUAUCUCGAUAAUUAUUAAUAAAACGUCAAUCUCACAAAACGCUGCGCUUUUCAAUCUUUCUCUGUCUUACCAGUAUCUUAUUGCACAUUGCUCAUGAUUUUAUGCACAGCCAGUUGAUUUACUUAAAAGGCUCAUUAAUUUUAUUACUUCUAUGGUGCACUAGAGUUUCACAAUUUCCAUUUCACAAAUCAGCAAAUUGAACAAAACAGUCGAUCCGUCUGCUAACAUGUUAAAUCUGAUUAUAAUUCAAGCAGAUAAAUAAGUAAAAGAUGCAGCGCGAUCUGAGUUUUCAGACCCCCCUCAGCUUUAAAUCAUUAAGUAGAAAAGUUGCUGGUACACUCUACAAAAAUUUAAUAGCAAUCUCGCAAGGUCUUCUCGGGCUCUGAUCAUGUGAUGCAGUGAAAAUAAUCUGGAUCUCUUUGGAAAACGCCCCGUCAAUUAAAAUUUCUUCAACAUGGAUUCUAACGUACAGUUUCGGAAUUAAUUUGUAUUCCGUAGAAAUCAAUAUAGAAAAUAAAAUUCUUAACUUUAAAAUAGGACGAGUUUGGUUUAAUCUGUGUCAAGUGCGGACAAGGUCAUUUUAA